AUGCACGAAUUUAAUAGAAACAAAUAUGUUGAAAGAACUUUUACUUAUACAUUUGAGGAAGAAAACGAAGACACUGAUAUAAUUGCUAUCCAGAAAAAUAUCUCACAGAAAAGAACCAAUAAUGAUGUAACUUUAAACACUAACAAUAAUAACAUGAUUACGAUAGAAAAUGGAAUAAAAAAUACUACCACAGAAGAAAUGUUAGCUUUGCCGUUGAAUAAUAAGACACCAGAAAAAAGUUUUGACCUACAAUUAAUGAUAAAAGAAAGAGGUUAUAUAUCUGAAUCUGUAAGUGAAGUUUCAUUUAGUACUACUGACGAAGAAAAUUUAUCAUUUGAAAAAAGCUCUUUAUCAUCGUCAGAAGAUAGUGACGAAUUGGAAGAUGAUGAUGAAUCGAGGAUCGAAAGUGAUUGGUUGCAUUCACAAGAACAAGGCUUUGAAGAAGAACCAUGGGUGGAUAUUACUGACGAAAUACCAGAUUUUGCAGAAAAUACACUUGACUGUAAAAUACUUUUACCUACAGACAAUAAAACACCUAUUGAAAUAUAUGAUUUAUUUGUAACCGAAGAAAUAAUUAAUAAAAUGGUGAAAGAAACGAAUGAUUAUGCAGAGAAGUACUUGGUUGAUAACGCUCAUACAAUUAAACAAAAAUCUCGUGUUAAACCGACCAAUUUCGAAGAAAUGCGUCAAUUUUUUGGAGUAAUUUUAAUAAUGAGCUUAAACAAAGUCCCUCAUUUAAAUGACUAUUGGUCGCGGAAGUCUAUUUAUAGAAAUGAUUACAUCUGUUCAUUGUUUUCAAGAGACCGAUUUUUGUUGAUUCUUAAAUUUUGGCAUUUCAGUGAAUUAUCAGUAAAAGAAACCGAUGAUAAACUACAUAAAUUUCGUGGAAUAUAUGAAUCGUUUAAUAGCCGUUUUCAAUGUACCCUUGAACCAGGCAAAUUAGUCGUUAUAGAUGAGACAAUGAUUCCUUGGCGAGGUCGCCUUAAAUUUCAGCAGUACAUUAAAAAUAAAUCCCACAAAUACGGCGUGAAAAUAUAUAAGCUAUGUACUCCCGAGGGUUAUACGUACAGAAUGAUUGUAUAUACAGGUAAAGAGGCUAACAAACGGGAGCAAGAUCAUGGCCUCAAAACAGUUAUGAAUUUAGUGGCUGGGCUGGAAGACGCAGGCCGAACAGUCGUUGCAGACAAUUUCUACUCAUCAAUCAAACUUGCAGAACUGCUUUUAACACGUAAAACAUUCUAUUGUGGUACGUUAAGGUCUAAUAGGAAAGGCGUGCCCAAAAAAUUGUAUGUACUAAAGUGA